AUGUGGCCCAAAGGACCCUUCAAUCGAUCACGGCGCCCAAGCGUCAACCCCACGUCAGCGGAGAAGACCUCCGGCAACUGGGCAAUCUCGGCUAAUCUUGGGCAGACAGCAAAACAUACCAAGGACUUGCCUGCGUUGCCAAAUCAACCGACCCCAGCCGUGCACGGCCUGUCUGCCAAUCCUCGCCCGGCCCCACGCGAAGUCAAAAGAUACAAAAGAUAUUCGGAUGUUUCGCCCGCAUCAUCUCCUGAGAUUGAACCGCAAGAUCGCAAGAGCUCCAGCAGUUUUUGUGUUUCUCCGCUGGAUGACGAUGAUGAGUCUUUGUAUCAGCGCCGUGGGUCGCGGGGGUCGGAGGUCUCUGCGAUGGCCCCUGCCCCCCAGUCGCAGGCUACUGAUAUCACCGCGCCGCCACCUAGCUCGUUGCCGUUUGCUCCCAGAACAGUCCAGUUUACCGCCAAAAAUAGAGAAUACAGCGAGCACAACAAACAACCAACACGUUGGGAUGAUUACUCAGGCGAGCCAACACAGAGUCAGGUGGGGAAAACAGGCCAGGUAGCGCCGCGCAACACGAGCUUCCACAAGCCAUCAAACUCCCAUGCCUCCCACUUCCUGCACUGGGGUCGCGAACAGCUACAGCCCAAGAAGAAGCUAGCCCAGGCACGCAGCCGAAUCAGUAGUUUCUCCAAGGGUGACUCCCCGACUCUGAAUGAACCAGCUGGCCGAGCGCCAUCACGCGCGCUUCCGUUGACAGAGCAUUCCAGCAAUCAAUUUCACAGGCGAGACGCGAGUCCUCAACCCACCAGUAUUGGCUUCAUGCCAACCGUGGUGACGACGAUCACUGCUGGAGAGUCCAAGCCGUUGCCAGAGAGACCGGCCGCCGCGCAUACUUACCAAAGUGCUGUGAGGGACCAGUCAGAGGCGCAGUUUGACACAUCCAUCACAAGUGUAAUGCAGCCCGCCCAACCUCCCAGUCGUUUCGGCCCACCAGAUCCCAUUAUGACUGCAGAAGACGCUCAGGGUGGCGCAGAUCAUAGCCUGCAUGGAAGUUUCGCCCUGGGAUCGAAGUCUACGGAUGACCUGACCUCCUCCAUCAUGUCGCGAAGCCGCCCGGUCCCGAUCUCCACCCCUGUCUCAAAGAAACCAAUAAGGAAGCCCACUCCCUUGGAGGCCUCUCAGGAACAGGAGCCAGCCUCAGAGACUCAGCCGCCCCCAGAAGAUAUCCCCAAAGACCCUGUGAGUCGCAUCCAGGCCCUCGAGACCCGGCGCGACGAGCUUGGCAAACGCAGAUUCAACUUGGAAACGGUGAUCAAGGAGUUGACCCGGGUGAUCCAACCGGGCUCCAUCGCCUAUGAUCUGGCCGCCAAGGCUGAAGUUAAGAAGACCGUGCAGAGUAUUGAGAAUGAAAUUGCGGAGAUUAAGCGUGAGGAACACGAGCUGGGAAUGAAAGUGACCCGAGCAUGGCGACGCUUGGAUGAGAAGGAGAACAAUGGCGAUGGAAGUAACCUCUGGGUCAAGCGUGUCACAAGUUAA